GGUUGAUUGCGUUGGGUUGUGUGUAGAAUCGGAAGAUGGAGGAGGAAGAGCACGAGGUGUACGGUGGAGAGAUCCCCGACGAGGGAGAGAUGGAGGGAGACGUUGACAUGUCCGCCGCCGACGAUGACGCCGCCGUCAAGGAGCUCGACGAGAUGAAGCGCCGGUUGAAGGAAAUGGAAGAGGAAGCAGCUGCUCUUCGGGAGAUGCAAGCCAAGGUCGAGAAGGAGAUUGGCAGCGUUCAAGAUCCUACUAAUGCAGCUGCUUCUCAGGCAAACAAGGAGGAGGCAGAUGCUCGGUCUGUUUUUGUUGGCAAUGGUCGUUACUCAGGGUCUAUAAUUAGCGCUGGGAUGCUUACGUUGUAUUUUGUGUGUGGGACACUGUAAUUGGUGUUACUUAGGGGUUGUACUAGAGGGGAGAAAAGAAAGUAUAUUGUGCUUGUGAAAUUUAAUAAGAUAUCACAGGAAGGAAAUCAAAAAAAUUGAGAAGAAAAAAACUAAAAGAAAAAAGAAAAAAAUGAAAAAAAAAACAUUAUAGAGAAGGCAAAAUAGAUCAAGUUGAGAAAAAAAAAAUGAGAAAAUUGAAGAUGAUAAAAAUAAAGAAUAUGUUGAGUAAACUGAGUGGCAUUUCAUGGAUGGCUGAAACUGGUACAACUGGAGUAGAAUGUGUUAAAGAUGCAUCAGCUUCACUCCUGGAGGAGACAGCUUGUGGUUCUUUUGGAAGAACAUUCUGUUGAUUAUGCGUGCACACCAGAAGAAGUGCAGCAACACUUUCAAUCCUGUGGCACUGUGAACAGAGUCACUAUCCUGACAGAUAAGUUUGGCCAGCCUAAAGGUUUUGCUUAUGUGGAAUUUGUUGAAGCUGAAGCUGUUCAAGAGGCUCUCCUGUUGAAUGAAUCUGAAUUGCAUGGACGUCAAUUGAAGGUUUUGCCUAAGAGGACCAAUGUUCCUGGAAUGAAACAAUAUCGUCCUAGGCGCUUUAAUCCUUACAUGGCAUAUGGCUUCAGGAGGCCAUAUACUCCUCCUUACUUUUACUCCCCUUAUGGAUAUGGGAAGGCUCCUAGGUUUAGAAGGCCAAAUCGUUACAUGCCGUACUACUAGAACUUUUAUACGGAAUGUGUAAUAUGAAGAUGGUGCAUCGAGGAGCAAAUUUUUUUUUAAAAUUUUGGGCAUUGUUGACACUCUUCGUUCCGUAUUAUAUUCUCUGCAAUUGAGAAUAGUACUGUCCAUUUGUAUUAGGCUGCUGUUAAACUUCUAUUUUUCUUGCGUAGUUCUUGGAAGAUGUUAUACAAUUGCCAUUGAAUGUUAUGUUGGUGACUAUUUCCGCUGCAAUGACAGUCUUUAUAGUUUAUACUGGCCGAAGGUGUAUCCUUUGAUAAA